GGUUAUCGUUGUUGUUAUUGUAUCCAUCCGCUCAGUCGCAGCAGUCAAACCCAAAGGAAACCUAUAGCUAACAUAGCUGGUUAUAGACAUUGGAAGACGUAGGUGACCAAGCAAAUUGAAAGAACACCCGAACAGAGGAAUCCCGAUCAGAGGUCCAGAUCCUGGUUCCGGAGGACCCUUCAUACCGACCGACAAUGAAGUUCCAAUACAAAGAAGAGCACCCGUUUGAGAAGAGACGGUCAGAGGGCGAAAAAAUAAGAAAGAAGUACCCGGACAGGGUCCCAGUGAUUGUGGAGAAAGCCCCCAAAGCCAGGAUAGGGGACCUGGACAAGAAGAAGUACCUGGUUCCCUCUGACCUUACAGUGGGCCAAUUCUAUUUCCUCAUCCGGAAACGAAUCCACCUCCGAGCUGAGGAUGCCCUCUUCUUCUUCGUCAACAACGUCAUUCCUCCUACCUCUGCAACCAUGGGGUUGCUUUACCAGGAGCACCAUGAGGAAGACUUCUUCCUCUACAUCGCCUACAGUGACGAGAGCGUCUACGGUGGGAGCCAGAGGGAAAUCUAACACCCCCCCAACCCCAUGACCCUGCCCCCCGCCCCUUUACCGCCACUCAAAAACUAGACCCAGUUCGGCAGCCUAGAGUCCCCAGAGCAAAGACAUUAAAGGCACUAUGACGUUUCCAUGCCGCCUCCUCCCGCCACCACACCUGCAGUCCAGUCUGAAUUUUAUUUCUCUCACAUGCUCUCAAAAAUCAACCCUAAAUGCAAAGUUGCCCUCAUCAAGGUUGCUGCUAAACAUGUCUGGUUCCUUAACCAAUUCAAAGACACAAGAUUAGUGUCUUUAUUUCUCUCAAGAUUAGCGCUAGUACUGUGCUGUUUUAUUAAUGUUAGUUAAUUAUUGCAAAUGAAGGUUUCACUGACUGGGCUUGUCUUGUGUGGCUAAGCCAGCAAUUAGACGGCUCUAGUUCUGGGAAGUUGAUAUCAUGGUUAAUUCUGCAUCAUGUUCUGUCAAUGAUGGUGAGUUACAUCAACAUCCAUGUUGUGGCAUCCUGACCAAUCUGAAACACUUAAAAUACGAAAAAAGGUAUAAUAAAAUUCAGACUGAACAAACCUACCCUUUUGUGUUUCUGCUUUUGACAGUAUAAUUAUUAUUGUUGUACUUAUUAUUUUUAGCGGCCUCUAUUUCUAAAGCUUCUGUAAAGAUUUGUGGAAUUUUUUUUUUCCUUUUUAUUUUGUUUUUUUGUUUGGUUCAUUAAUCCUAGCUCUGUAUGCAGCUGCAUUACUGGCGCUUGUGACCAUAAAAACUUGACAAAAAACAA